UGUCACAUUUUAUCAUCAACACAAGAUUCCUAAGCUCGCAUUAAUUUCGUGACGCAUUUUAGACUAUAUCCCUUGCACUCGCAUUAAAUUCGUGACGCAUUAAUUUCUUGAUUUACAGUAGUCAGUAGAACCACACUUUUCAGCAUUUAUGUCCUGUCUCUGCUGCACGUCUUUGUUCAUUUCCCACCUAUAAGUGUCUUGUUUUUAAGAUUUUGAUCUCCUAGUUAUUGAAGAUUUACAUGUAAUAUCACCAUUCAAGGGCCAUAUCCCCCCUAGAUGUUUUGCUAAGGGAUCACAUUACAGUGAGGUUACCCAUACUGGGAUAAAUAUGAUAACAAGAUGGGCUAAGGACAGUGGUGAGUUUCAGAUGUCACUGCAAGUGUUGUAUUUGUUUUAAAAAGAUAAUAUCAUUUUAGGAAGAUCCAAGAAUAAUGUUGAGACAAGUGAAUGAAUAUUAUGCGAUGACAUUUAGAAUCUUGCAUCCUGUUUCUGAUGAUCCGCCUUGAACAAUAUGCAUGUUAAACUCCUCAAAUCAUUUGGCUCACUGACUGGUACAUUACUCAAUACAUUUGAUAUGUCAAAUUGCUUUCUUUCAGUUUGUGAUGGUAAAAUGUGUUCAGCCUGCUUGAUUUCCAUUUACAAGUUGAAAGCAAGUCAGACUUCCAAGUUUGGCUCCUACACAUGCUACCUGGAUGAUGUAUGAUAACAGCAUGAGGCUGGGGUAGGCAGAAGUCUUUCAACAAUGGUCUUGUGGUUUAUUGCUGGGAUGCACCUGACUAUUGCUGUAGCAGCAUGUACUGAGGAUGCAGUGAUGAGUCUGGCUAUUACUGCUGCAGCAUGUACUGAGGAUGCAGGGAUGAGGCUGGCUAUUGCUACAGCAGCAUGUACUGAGGAUGCAUCUGGCUAUUGCUGCUGCAGCAUGUACUGAGGAUGCAGUGAUGAGUCUGGCUAUUGCUGCUGCAGCAUGUACUGAGGAUGCAGAGAUGCAUCUGGCUAUUGCUGCAGCAGAUUGUACUGAGGAUGCAGAGAUCCACCUGACUAUUGCUGUGGUAGCAUGUACUGAGGAUGCAGUGAUGCACCUGACUAUUGCUGCGGCAGCGUGUACUGAGGAUGCAGUGAUGCACCUGACUAUUGCUGCAGCAGCGUGUACUGAGGAUGCUGUGAUGCACCUGACUAUUGCUGCAGCAGCGUGUACUGAGGAUGCAGAGAUGCACCUGACUAUUGCUGCAGCAGCGUGUACUGAGGAUGCAGAGAUGCACCUGACUAUUGCUGCAGCAGCGUGUACUGAGGAUGCAGAGAUGCACCUGACUAUUGCUGCAGCAGCGUGUACUGAGGAUGCAGUGAUGCACCUGACUAUUGCUGCAGCAGCGUGUACUGAGGAUGCUGUGAUGCACCUGACUAUUGCUGCAGCAGCGUGUACUGAGGAUGCUGUGAUGCACCUGACUAUUGCUGCGCAGCAGCGUGUACUGAGGAUGCUGUGAUGCACCUGACUAUUGCUGCAGCAGCGUGUACUGAGGAUGCAGAGAUGCAUCUGGCUAUUGCUGCAGCAGCGUGUACUGAGGAUGCAGAGAUGCACCUGGCUAUUGCUGCUGCAGCGUGUCCUGAGAAUGCAGGGAUGAGUCUGGCUAUUGCUGCAGCAGCGUGCACUGAGGAUGCAGUGAUGUGUCUGGCUCAUAUGAUAACCAUACACAAAUGUAUGGUGGGACAUGAACUGUUCACCUCAUCUCCAGAUUCAAAUGCAAUAUGGCUGUUCCAUGACUUGGGUCAGGUGUUAGUGUACCAGAACUUUGUCUGUGAACUAUUCGGUCUGCCAUUGGUGUACUUAAUGUGAUGUUAACAUAUCCAGUAGCUACUUCAUAUCACAUUGUAAGUUAUUCCAACAAAUGACUAUUCCACUGCUUACAGUGUGAUUGUAAAUAUAUAAUAAACUUGUUAUAUUAUCAA